GUUGACAUUGCCUCCGAACUCCUCUUACCCCUUCUCCUCCCCCCUCCCCUUACCUGCUGCCUUCACGACUAUCUUGCAUACCGGAAUGGCAAUGAAAACCCUAACUUUAGCCAUCAUAUUCUUCCUCCUCCUCCUAGACUGCUCCACCGCACGCAAGCCAAAAGCCCUACGUCACCGGCGCCCAUGCAAGAGGUUGGUGUUCUACUUCCACGACAUACUUUACAACGGUUAUAACGCCAAGAACUCAACGUCUGCCAUAGUGGGAGCACCGACAUGGGGCAACACCACAAAAUUGACAAGUAACAACCAUUUUGGAGACAUGGUCAUUUUCGACGACCCCAUAACGUUAGACAACAAUCUCCACUCGCCUCGAGUUGGGCGGGCUCAGGGUUUCUAUAUCUACGACAAGAAAGAAACGUUCACCUCAUGGAUAGCGAUGUCGUUCGUGUUCAACUCCACUCAACACAAGGGUACUAUAAAUUUCGUCGGGGCCGAUCCGAUACUGUCCAAGACUAGGGACAUUUCGGUGAUUGGCGGGACCGGUGAUUUCCACAUGAGCAGAGGGGUGGCUACUAUCGCGACGGAUUCCUAUGAGGGCGAGGUCUACUUCAGGCUUCGUUGUGAUAUUAAGCUCUAUGAAUGCUGGUAAAAAUAUUGAAAGAUGAUGAAUUAAGUCAAAAUAUGCAUGGGUUCUAUAUAUUGUUUGUCAUCCUCUCUUCUCUUAUUUACAUAAAAUUCCUAUUGUAAGA